CAAAAUGGCGAGAAUUGGGUCAACUUCUUGGGGUAACUUUAGAGCAAAUGGACUGUAUUGAAAGAGACAUUCCUACAACAAGAGAAAAAGCAUUCAAGAUGCUACAUGAUUGGUAUUGCGCACGUGGAAGAAGAUGUAAUUUGAAUGACAUGAAGUGUAAAGUCACAGACUUAAAGAGAGCAGGAGAAAGUGAUAGAGAGGAAAAACGACAGAUACUUUUUCCUCAAAAUCUUUGUGAUGACCAGCGAUUUUACGGUCGUGAGGAUGAACUGAAUGAAAUGAAGAAAAAAAUGUUUAAAAACGACAUUCGCUUUACUACAGUAUCACCUGAAAUUAAAUUCUGCCUGCUGGUGAUUCGCGGCCUUGGUGGUAUUGGCAAAUCAUCUCUCGCUGCUCGUUUUGCUGUCAUGUUCAAAGAUGCGUACAGCGACGGAGUAUUCUUUCACAAUGCCGAAACCUGGGCAAUGCUAGAAACGUCAAUUAGAGAAAACUUGUGUGAACUGCUAGCUCAACAGUUCAGUGGUACUCUUGACGAAAUGAACAAGAUUUUCUUGCAUCACAUUUAUCGGAAAUCAAAGAUUCUUCUAUUGUAUGAUAACGUAGAAGACGUUGAUCUAUUGUUGCGAGUUUUGCCGCACGAAUUCUCAAACGUUCACAUUUUAGUGACUACUCGCUGUUGUACUGAUAACAAAUUGUCGCAAAAAGCUGACCAUGUCAUUACACUCGAAUAUCUGUUAGGCGACAAUGCUUUGACGGCAUUAUUUGGUUGGGCUGAGAGAUCACAUCCAGCUGAUGAAGAUGAGGUGGACUAUGCAAGGAGAUUGGUAACAAGUCCUUUGAUUCAAGGAUUGCCAUUAGCUAUUGCACACAUUGGCACAUUUAUACGACAAACAAACAUUUCAUGUCGUAACUAUUAUCACCUGUUGAAGAGAGAAGAGGAGGAGAUGAUAGCAACAGCUUUAAACAUUGAUAAACUUUUGCAGUAUUUUCACAUUAGUCAUUUGAGGGCUCCUUUAGCUGCUGUCGGUGUAAAUCAUCCUGAGAAGCUUGAGACACUUGAGCAUGAACUGAUAUUUUGCGUUACUGACAAUCCUAUCGACCAAAGAACUUUGCUGUUCGCACAGUUCUGGAUGAAGAACGCAAACUAUGUCCAUCUGACGUGGCAAUUUGAUAUUGAUUCCGUAAGUCCUGACGCCUUGAGUGUGUUGGAGUUCGCUUCUUUGUUGUCAUCCAGAAACAUACCAGGUAACCUUCUCCAGUUAAUGGCCUUUUCAAAUAGCGACAGACAAGCACUUCGUAGGUUUAGUAAGAGUCUAACAGAGUUAUUAUCUCACGCUCUCAUUACGACUGUUGAAACGAAUGAUAACUACAGAUGCGAUGUUCAUGCUCUAAUACAGUCAACAGUAUUUCAUCGUCUCAUCAGAAAGCCUCAUAUUCUACAAGCUAAACUCACUCUUUUGUCUGAGCAUUUUCAGCAAAUUGUGCCAAAAGGAUUGCAUGAAACAAGACUUCAAUUGAAAUACAGUAAGUUUGUGGAAAUGAUUCCUCAUCUUUACAGUGUCGCUGAAAGGAUCCUUACGACACAAUGUGACUAUGAUGUGUGUUGGGAUGUGGUUCAGAGAGCUUGUUUUACCAGCAUUUCAAGUGCCCACGUUGAUACUGGCUUUCGAUUGUGCGAAAAACAACUAAAGAUACUGGAGCCAAUGGGCAUGUAUGUACACAAUGAAUGUCGUUUGAGGGGAGUUGAAGAAAGAUUAUGUUCCAAAGUUGUCUUAUACACGAAUGCUCUUUUUCAAAUGGGUUGUUUAUACGAAUUUCUGAAGCGUAGUGCAUCUGACGCUUUGAGCUAUUACUUGAAAGCAAUUGACGUAAUGAACAUUGUAUUGGGCGACCUUGUGUGGGAGACUUCUUUGUAUUUAGACGUGCAUACAAUGAUGGCACAGUGUCACUUACGGUUAGGUCAAAUUGCUGAAUCUGAACGUAUCUAUUUACGUCUUCUUGAUAUUUAUACUUUACCUAAUUCCACACUAUCUUAUCCAAUUUAUGCCAUAUCAGUAAUGAACGAGUUGGCCAAUGUAUAUAUGAGAGCUGGUCAGUCUGAUCGUGCUUAUGAUAUGUACCAACAAGUACUUCACGAAGCACAGUUUAUUGAAGGGUCGGAUCUUAUUAUAACAAAAAGCAAGUUUAAUUGUGCUGGCUGUCUACUAUCUGCUAAUGAUUAUAAUGGAGCUCUGGAGCUUUUAGGACAAGUCCUGACUACUAUGAGACAGACGCUACCUGCUGAUCAUGCUGACAUUGCUAUAGUUCUAGGUCAAUUGUGUCGAUGUUACAUGGACUUAGGUAACAUAUCCGAAGCCACCCGUAUGGCAGAAGAGUCUGUGUUGGUUGUGAGGUCAACACGUGAUCGUGACGAUCCAUAUGUCGCAAAACUUGUCUCUCGGCUAGCUGACUGUUAUUUGACUGCUGGAGAAACAACUAGAGCCAUUAAACUGUAUGAAGAAUGUGUUGAAACAUUUAGGAAAUAUCUACCAGAUACCUUACUAAUUCUUUGUGAAGCAUUAUACCAAUUGGGAAAGCACUAUGCCUCGAACGGUAUGCUACAGAGGUCGUCCUCUUUUCUUCAAGAAGCUAUUGGUUUUCAUCAAUCAUUUCGCUAUGAGUUUAAUCCUGGAUUAAUUCCAAUUCUUCGCUUGCUUGGAUUGAAUUAUUUCAAAGCUGACAACGCGGUAGAGGCUGAGAAUGUAUUCAGACAACUUUUGCUCAUUUGUGAAACAAAUUUACCUGAAUCCUUUGAAUGUGCUUCAGCGUUGCGCGGUCUUGAGGCUUGUCUAAAUAAGCAAAAUCGAUAUGCUGAAUGCUUACCAUUGCUGUUGCAAUACCGGAAUAUAGUCGUGCAAAAAUUCCCUCCAAUGUCCAAAGAUAUUGCUGAAGCUUGCUUGCGAAUUGGAGAAUGCUGUUUGAAGCUGCAGCAACUGGGAGAAGCAGAAAAGGCGUUGUCAGAUUCAAUUGAAAUAUACAGCACUAUAGUACCUGCAGACGAUUCUCAUAUGAGAAAGGCUGUUAAGGCUCUUGUACUCCUCGCAUCGUUGUACGAAGAAAAGGGUGAUUUAAGGGAGGCGACGGCGAUCUACAAGCAGAUAUUGAAUACUCUGCAAAAAAUUCCACUCAUUUACGUUGACACUGUCGAUGUAUUGAGCAAGGCAGCAAUCUGCUUAUGGCAGCAACACGAAUAUGUUGAAAUGUUACCGUUUCUGUUGACAUUACGUGAAAUACAUUCACAACAAGCACCAGCAUCAGUGGCAAUGGUGGAGACUUGUGAUUUUAUUGGAGUUACUUAUAAGAAACUGCAUUACUGGAAAGAAGCGGAAGAAGCAUUCUCACAGUCUCUUGAGAUAUCUCAAUAUGUCUUCCCUUCUGGACAUGCUCAUAUCAGCAUAGUUGAACGAAAUUUACAUGACGUCCGACAACGAUUAUAUGGACACUGAUGCUAGAUCAGAUGACUAUGAUUUUCUGCAGCUGGAAGAACGGUACAUUAGUAAGUGUAAUCCAUUAAAUAUUACUGUUGAAUUAGCGGCGGCGCCAACGUCAGUUUACGUAUGUAUUUGGUUAUGGAUUGUAGUUUGUUACUUAAUCAUGUUAUUUGGAGCUGUCGCAACCGAUUUGUUAGAUUCAAUUGCACGUAUAAGUAGAAUUGUAUUA